AUGAGCGCGACAGAUCAAACAACACCUUUCGGCAAGCCAAUGCUCAAGCAUUGGAUGUUCGAUCCAAGCUACAAGAACCUCAAUCAUGGUUCCUUCGGUGCCCAUCCGAUUCCUGUCAAGAAUGCACAGCGCGCCUAUAUGGAUCUCGCUGACCAGCGACCGGAUCCCUAUAUCCGCUGGUAUCACUCAGAGCACUUGAUCAAAGCCCGCGAUGCUGUCGCAAAGCUGAUCAAUGCGCAGCGGAGCGAGUGUGUAUUCGUCAAGAAUGCAACCACAGGUGUAGCGACGGUGCUCUACAACCUGAAUUUCCAACCUGGGGAAGCACUCAUCUACUUUGAGCCUGUAUAUGGCGCCGUGGAGAAGGGUCUUGUUUCAUUGCAGGAGCACAGUUCUCUGCAAGGGCGUAAGGUCUCAUUCCAAUUCCCCAUUAGCGAAGAUGAAAUGGAGCGCCGAUUCCGCGAGGUCAUUCGCCAGACCCGCGAAGAGGGCCUUAAGGUCCGAGCUAGCGUUUUCGAUGGCAUCGUCAGCAAUCCUGGUGUUCGAUUCCCCUUUGAGCGAAUCACUGCUGUUUGUCGCGAAGAAGGAAUUUUGAGCGUCAUUGAUGCUGCCCACGGUAUCGGACAAAUUCCUCUUGACAUGCAGAAGCUACAGCCUGACUUCUUCGUCUCAAACUGCCACAAAUGGCUUUACACACCCCGCAGCUGCGCAAUUCUUUACACCCCUCAACGCAACCAGCAUAUACUGCGCACAACGUUGCCAACAUCAUGGGGAUUCAUUCCAAACCCAGAGUCUCCAGAGACCAUUGCCUCCGUUCUUUCGGACCCCAAUGCCGCGACAACAAAAACACCCUAUGAGACCCUAUUCGAAUUCGUUGCUACCAGCGACGACUCUGCCUACAUCUGCGUACCGGCGGCGCUUGAAUUCCGCGAGAAAGUCUGUGGCGGCGAGGAAGCCAUCAUGUCAUAUUGCCAGCGCGUCGCAAACGAAGGCGCAGAUGCCGUUGCCGCUAUUCUUGGCACCGAGGUCAUGCAAGAGCCCGAUUUGAAGCCUGGCCAAUCGAGCAACAUGCGCAAGUGCGCUAUGACCAACGUGCGAUUGCCUAUUGCUGUUGCCACUGCUGGUCAAGGGGCUGACUCUUUCGAACAUACUCCUUUGGUUGUCUUAUCUCAGGAAGAGGCCCCUAAUGCGUUUUCAUGGAUCCAGAAAACUCUUACUGACGAAUACAGCACAUUCCUGCCAGUGUUCCGUCACGGUCCGUGGCUUUGGACCCGUCUGAGUGGUCAGACAUACUUGGAGAAAAGCGACUUUGAAGCUGUUGGCGUUAUCUUGCGUGAUCUUUGUGAGAAGGUUGCGAAGAAAGAGUUCAAAGCCUGA